UUCAAUUCGGAAAUUUGUCGUCACAUUAACUGGUAAAAAAAUGAACGUCCUAUUAUUAUUCACAUUUGGAGUUUUGUUUGGAUCAGCAUGGUGCGAAGACACUUGCUUCAGUAAGCAAUUUGCAAGCUGUGUUUCAAACUCUAUCGACGAUAUUAAUAAAGUAUAUAACUCAUGUGAUAAUCUGAUAGCUCAGGGCAAGUGUCUUCACUCUGCAGCUCUAGAUUGUAGGAUAGGAUUCGUAGCUGAAGCCUCUAGAUAUGAACUUAUUCUGGAUUACGCCUGCACGAAAGCAGACAGUUAUUAUGAAUCAUUUAGAAACUGUUUAGGAUACUCUGUGAAUGAAUCAAACUGCCAUAAACAGUACCAGGAGAUCAUGAUGGACAGAAAAACUCUUCAAGAAAUCUUGAGAGGGUUGAAAGAGGCUUGCAAAAAAGUGGACUGGUUCGGUUCAUGUCUAGAAGGAAAUACCAAAGACUUUUGUGGAGAACACCAGUCAGACUAUUUUUAUAAAUCUGUGUUCGAGAGUGUGAUUAAAUUGAACAAGCUCCUCUGUAACGAGGUUAUCCUACCUGCAGAAGACAACUUGCACGAGUUGGUCAUUUUGGGACUCCCGAGGAUCAUAGAAUCCACUGUAGCCAUAUUAACACUUCCUUGAAGAAUUGUACCAAAUAGAGACAAAAUAAA